UGGGGGAGGAGCCUGUGACGUCAUUGCUGCUCAGGCACGACGGGCGGGGAAGGAAAAAGGAAGCUGUGCCGCCGAGGACUGUCCGCAGCAAAAGUUCCAAAGUUGGUGUGCGUGAAGGCCCAGGAGAGGAUCGGAAUGCAGGGGAGGAAGACCUGAAGACCCCGAGAUGUCGUCCAACCUGGACUCCAGCCUGACCAGCAUCGACUGGCUGCCCCGGCUGGGCGUCAGCAGCCUGCGCUCGGGGCGAGAGAGAGCAGGGGGGGAGAGGGACAGGGGGCGGGACGUCCUGCACGCCACCCCCGCCAACCCCAGGGGCAAGCCCCCCCACAGCUACGCCACCCUCAUCGCCAUGGCGAUCAGUGCCGCCCCUGACCGGCAGCUGAGCCUGAACGACAUCUACACCUGGAUCAGUGACACCUUCCCCUACUACAGCCGCACCUGUCGAGGGUGGAAGAACUCCAUUCGACACAAUCUGUCGCUUAACAAAUGCUUCCGGAAGGUUCCUCGUCCCCACAACGACCCUGGCAAGGGCUCCUAUUGGACAAUGGACGGACCCGCUGCGGCCAAUCACGUCAGGGCAUCGAAGCGUUCUUACCCAGAGGAGGAAGCGGACAGGAUUCAGGUCCCAGCAAGAGGCCCGUCUCCUGGCCCUCCUUGCCACGAAGAAGACAAUGCGCCGAAAGAAGCCUCCUUAGCUCCUCCCCCUUGCAAGCAAGCGUACACGCCAUCUCCUGCCCCCCCUCUCUCCACUGCCAACGCUUCUUCAACAUUUCCCGGCCAAUCGGGACCGGCGCGGCCCCCGACUUCCUCCUCCAGCGCCCCGGCGCUCACCUUUCCCGCCGCGGCUCCGCCCCCUCCCGCCCCUUUGACCGGCCCCCCCGGGACCUCGACUGACCCCCCGCUGAGAUUCACCUUCGACGAGAUGCCCGACCUGUACGCCUCCUUUAAGUCUCUUUUCAGAAGUAUCAGGGGGAGGAGGAGCUCACAAGGGGAUGUGGCGACGGUGCCCACUAGCGACAACACUCCACUUCACACCCCGGUCCUCCUUCUCGCGUCUCCUCACCACACACCUGCACCACCACCUGCAGAAGCAGCAGCACCUGCAGCAGCAGCGCCACCUGCUGACACACGUGUCAAACAAUACACGGUGCCGCCUGAUUGGCUGAGCAACACGGAGUCUCUGAAGGAGAGUUUCCGCAUGGCCAGCGGUCUGGACUGGGCCAACAUGGACCUGUCAGCUCACCCAGACCUGCUGGAGAGCAUGCGGCAGGCCGAACUCUGUGAUUGGGCGCUGGACCCGGCCCUCUUCACCUCCCUCUGCGACUCCCUCAACCGCUUCUUCACCCAGAAGGGCCUGGUCACUUCCCCGCUGGCCAAUCACGCGCCUGCGCCCUCGUCCUUCCACUUCCCCCCCGCCGCCUGGUCGCCCUCACCCCGCCGACCUCUGCACAACCUUCAACGACCUUCACACACGCAGCACACACACAUGGCCGCUGGGAUGCAGCCUCAACCCACCACACCACGGCAGCAUCCUCCUCUCAAGAGUCUCCACAGCAACAGCGAGGAGUUCCAGGAUGACUUUGACUGGGAUUCUCUCCUGGGCUGACCCACACCUUCUGCACCACCAACAGCAGGGGCGCCUGCCCUUCUUCCACUGAGGGCCACAGACUGACAAAUUAAAGCAUUCAGGAGCCAUUUGGGUAUUUUUCCUCAGUCAGUACGAUAUAUGUUCAAAGAACUAGAAAUCGCAAUUUCAUGUGAAUGCUGAAGAGCCAAAGCCGAGCUGAAAUGCUAACAGUUAGCACACUGGCAACAGAGCCUCAGCUAAUACAAACUAUGAGCAAAAUGAGUUAUCUAACAUGCCAACAAUGGCAUGCGUACAGUUAGCAUUAGUGAAAUACCAAAAUAUGACACUCAGGUGAGUUAGCUAAAAAUGCAAGCUAAAAUGCUAACUGUAACAUGCAUUAAAUACCAAAAUAAAUCAAUGUUUAAAAUGCUGACAUGCUAACAUUAACAUUUAUCACGUAAUAAAUAAUAUGACUGAGGUAUAUACCUAAAAAAUUUGCUUAAAAUGAAAAAAAGAUAGCACGCUGGUUAGGAUGCUAAAAUGCUAAUUGUAACAUGCGUUAAGUAGCAACGUGUUACUCCGAGGUUUAAGAUACUGGCAUGCUAACAAUAGCAUGCAUAAAGUACCAAAAUAUGACUGAGGUGUAUACAGACAAAAUUUGCUUAAAAAAACUAGCAUACCAACAUUUAACACGUCAGCAGGUAUCAUUUGUCAAGUGACAAAAUAUUUGACGCUGAGGUGUAUACCUGCGAAAUUAGCUAAAAAAAAAAAGCUGGCAUGCUAACAGGUAUCAUGCGCCAACAACAUUUUUGACACUGCAUUGUUAACCUGCGAAAUUAGCGAGAAAAGCUAACAUAUUAAAAUCAACGUGCUUAGAGGUACACAUGCAAAAUUUGCUAAAAAGCUUAGAAUUGUGCAAAAAAAUUUGCCACGGGCCGCACUUUGGACCCCUCGAUCAAGUCUUCUAAAUACCACCGCUCAUUCCCCAGUGUGUCGGACUUUACAAAACGACGUCGUCAAGGAAAAUAAAAUAUACAUUUAUUCUUGUCACAUUAUUGUACUCUGCAGCAUUAAAAAUUGCAAAUGGGAUAAGGACAAUAAAAAGUACAGCACAAGCAUGAAACCAUU